AUGUCUCCUCCAACCUCCGUCAAGGGCAAAGAGUCCGGCACUGCUCGCGUACUGGGCUCCGGAACCUCUGGCAUCGCUGAGCUGCUCAUUUUCCAUCCUGUGGACACAGUUGCGAAACGGCUGAUGAGCAACAAGGGCAAGGUGUCGUUCUCGACGCUCUCGCCCAUCAUCUUCCGCGACAAAGCCAUGGCGCCGCUGGGCAGCAAAAUGCUCUCCUUGUUCCCCGGCCUCGGAUACGCUGCUGGGUACAAGGUCGCACAGCGUGUGUACAAGUUCGGCGGCCAGCCGUGGUUCAACGACCUGAUAAACAAGCACUACAAGACCCAGUUCACGAAUACCUUUGGAGAGCGCAAAGGGAAGAUGAUGAUGCAAGCAACGGCUGGAAGCUUGACGGGGAUCGGUGAAGUGGUGCUACUCCCACUAGAUGCCCUCAAAAUCAAGCGCCAAGUCAACCCGGAAGCGUUCCGAGGACGUGGCUUCCUGCGCAUCUUCAUGGAGGAAGGCACGACGCUGUACCGCGGCUGGGGGUGGACGAUGGCCCGGAACGCCCCUGGCAGCUUCGCCCUCUUCGGUGCGUCCGCGGUAACGAAAGAGUACGCGCUCGGCGUCACGGACUACUCCAAGGCCACGUGGACGCAGAACUUCAUCGCGUCCAUCGCGGGCGCCGUCGCGUCGAUAACGAUCGCGGCGCCGCUCGACACGGUGAAGACGCGCAUACAAAAUGCGAACUUCGAGCAGAAGGUGCCCGGUCUGACUGUCAUCAAGGACCUCGUCAAGCACGAGGGGCCGUCGGCGUUCUUCAAGGGCUUGACGCCCAAGAUCCUGGUCGUCGGUCCGAAACUCGUGUUCAGCUACACGCUCGCGCAGUCGUUGAUCCCCUUGUUCGGCAAAUACGUAUGA